AUGACUUCAACAAGUUUUUUCACGACGCUGUUGGUCUCGUUCGUCUGUUUUACGAUCGUUGCCGCUGCACCUGUUAUGAACUCCACUUCCCAUGCAUCGUUUGAUUCUACGGACAAUUCAUCAACCAGCGUCUUCAAUAACCAUGAAUCAGAUUAUUUGCAGGGGUCAAACUUUACUACCACCGUCAAGUACGCACCUACAACAUUGAACGAUUCGGCCACGAUUUUAGAAAAACCUCAUGUUUUUAAUGCAACAGCGAAUCAAUCGGCUGCAUUGUUGGACCAACCCUCUGUUUUAAACGUGACGAGUAACGGAUGGGAGACCACCAGUGGGAGACACGGACCAGAGGUGAAUUCCACAUUAAUCACUGUCACACCAAACUUAGAGUCGAAACCCGUGGAAAUGGGUUCCACUACAAAUAUUACGAAUUCUACGUAUAACGAAUCAAUCUUGACGACAUACGAGCUAAAAACAAAUUUAACGAACGCGGAUUCAACACAUAAGACAGAUCUAAAUUGUACAAUAAACUGUUUCGUAGAUAUUGCACAACAUUUGAAUUCAACAACCGAUGAUUUUAACAACUCCAUGCCUUUUUAUGCAGAAUCCGAGUUAAAACAUCAGGUGUCAAAUUCGACAGAAACAAUUACCUCUACUAGCUCUACUGUUGCUGAGGAGAAUGAUGGUUUACAAUUGGGUUCGGAAGAAAUUCCUACCUCUGACACCAAGUCCGCCAUCUCAAAGAGGUAUGCUUUCAACAAAAACCUCUGUAAAGAUGAUUUGCUUAUAAAAAUUAUGUAUCCAGAAUGCAUUUAUAAGCCUAAAUUUUAA